AAUAACAUUCUUUCAAAGGAUCCAGCACCUGCGUACCUCCCUUUUGAUCAACUCUAAGAAGAAGAAAACAAUCGCUAUGAAUACUCCAGCAACAACGGUCGUUGCCGUUUGCCUGUCAUCGGUACUAUUGUUCGCAUUACUCGAACCAGCACUUGGUUUUUCUUCUGCACCACCAUGCGUUUCUACACAAAAAAACUACGUUGGUAGAAUAGGAGCCGGCAGCAAUAAUAUCGUCACUCCCAGGAUGCAAAACAAUGUUGCGUUGUUUUCUGCAUCUGCCGCUGACAACACAGAGACUGCUGCGAUUCCAUCGGAUCCGGCGAAAACGACUUCCCAGUUUUUGGCUGGAUUGUGGAGAUUGAUCGCGAAAGGAAACAAAUUGGUUCGAGGGGUACGUUUCUUCUUCAUUUUUAAAAAUUAUCGUUGAGGUCUUCGGUUGCGAUGUUCUCCAUACUCAUGUUCUUAUCUUCGUUUCGAAAUGUUUAAAUUGGAACUCCUAUCCCGAUGACUAUCGGUGMAAACUGUUUCGAAAUAUGACGGCCAAACCAUCGCUCUUUGGCGUUGCAAUUGAACAAUUUGAUCCCGCAAUCUAUACUUACAUUUGCUUUUACAAUUCUGUUUAAUGGGAAAGGAAUCCGAAACCACUUUGUUCCCCGAUAUGGUAGAGCAAAUGGCACAACCGCGUUUUUUGAAUCUCGUCACGGCCCACCUGGAUUCUUGCAAAGAUGUAUGCGAUUUUUUCGGCAUCUCGACGACACUUGUACCAUUUGUGGAAGACGGAAAGGUAGUAGGAUUUACGGUCAAGUCCUUCCGAAAUCCGAACGUAGAUCCCGACAAUUUUGAAUUCGAGUACGACCCACUUUGGGACGAUGCAGACGAUUGGGAUUACGAGGGUAUCGAUGCUGAGUAUGAGAAAGAAGAGGGCGGCUCGGAAGAAAAAGUGGAGUACCCMGACAUCGUCAACAAAGUGCCCGACAAAGACGAAGAAAUAGAACAGCUCUCCAAGGACUGGGUAGCCAAGAUUUGCAGCGACAUGGGUGUGUGUCCCUUUACCAGCGGGGCAAACAUGGCCGGAUUACCGAUGGGUCCCGUCUAUUACACAACCGAUAGGUCCAGCUCCUUUGAAGAUAUGUACGCAGUUUAUUGGGAAGAAGUUGUACGAGUCGAACAGCAACCUGAGAGCGACCUGUCGACGACGCUGCUGAUUACGCCCGAAUUUUGCAUGGACAACGUCGAGCUCUUCGAAACCUGGUCGACGACACUGACCCAGCCACUGUCGGCGCUCGGAAUCGAAGAAUCCAUCCAGCUGGUCUUUUUCCAUCCCCACUGGACCUUCCGCGACGGAGGAGAACGAGGCGGAGAGGGAGCCGCCGCCAACUAUGCUAGGAGAUCGCCCUGGCCGAUGAUCAAUAUUUUGCGAACAAAUCAGGUUCGAGCGGCCCAGAAGGGCAUCCCCACAGGCCUCGUGUACAAGCAAAACGAAAGCACGCUCUCCAAAAUCGGAGUUCAAAAACUAGAAACCAUGCUUCGCUUGCGGGACUGGGGCGAAAUUGCCGACGUGAAGGUCGACCGCCGAGAAAUGGAGGCCCUCAGAGUAGCCCAGGAUUUCCAACAAACAGGUGUGAUCAAGCAGGAAGACACCUCGUUCCAAAACGAUGCAACGCCGGCCGUCAACAAGGUCGACAGCACCCAGGUCGACCAGGGCAAUCUGGUAAACGUCAUCAAGCAGGCCUUGGGGAAACGACUUGGCAAAGACGAGGGAAGCACGGCCACAAAACUCUCCGGUCCUGAAACAAGUGCAACGAUCAUGGCAAGCGACUUUUUGUUGGCCGAAUUGGAUAAAAUUGCCUCCAAAUAGUUCUGGGAGAUAGCAUUAAUCCUCACUCCUUUUCGUAGGAAAUUACGACUUAAGAAAUUAGAUUUACCGAU